CAACCCAACUCUUUCUUUCCUUCCUAGCCGAGCAAUGCCCACAGUCGAGGCAUGGGCCGCCGGCCUUCUUUUUUUAUCUGAAAACAAAUUAACAUUAAUUAAUUUAAUUUCUUUCGCAAAAUGCCAAUAAAUUCUAACGUUGUAAAUCAAUUAAAAGAAUACAAUUCCAUUCAUCAUGACCAAUCAAGUGAAACAAGAAGUAAACGGCUUGCAUAGCAGCCUCAAGAACGGUAUUAAGAACCAUGAGGUUAAACAAGAGAUAAGGCGAGCAAGAGAAAUAAAUGAAGAAUUUGAAGAGACACCAUUAAUAAUUGCUUUAACUGUUUAUUUUUGCUAUGUAGUACUCACAGUCUUCGGACACAUUAGAGAUUUUGUGAGGAAGUUGGGCUUCGGGAAAAGUAGCGAAGUCAAGGAACAAAAUAGAGAUGGCUAUGCCAAGCUUUAUGGAAGCUUUGAAAGCUUUUAUACCAGGAAUAUAUAUAAGAGGAUUGUACAGGGUUGGAAUAUGUUUGUGUGUGGUGUGCCUGCUGUUGUUUUUAAAUUAAAAAUAAAAAUAUCGCCCGAAUUUCAUCAAAAUGCCAGAUUUGGUACUGAAAAAAAUAUAGAAGCUAUCAAUUUAGGAUCAUAUAAUUAUUUGGGGUUUGCAGAAACCUCUGGACAAUGUACUGAUGAAGUAGAAGAAGUUAUUUUGAAGUAUGGAACUGGUAUCUGCAGUACUCGACAUGAAUUAGGUAGCUUAGAUAUUCAUCGGAAACUUGAAAAGAUGGUAGCUGAUUUUCUGGGUGUAGAAGAUAGCAUAAUAGUAGGAAUGGGAUUCGCGACCAAUUCAACCAACAUUCCAACAUUUAUGGGAAAAGGAUGCCUCAUCAUGAGUGAUGAACUCAACCACGCUUCAUUAGUUCUAGGGUGUCGACUUUCGGGAGCAAAAGUCAAAGUUUAUAAGCAUAAUGAUGUGAAAGAUUUAGAAGAGAAAGUGAGAGCAGCAAUUAUUGAAGGACAGCCAAUCUCUCACAAGCCUUGGAGAAAAAUUUUAAUCAUUGCUGAAGGAGUAUAUAGUAUGGAGGGCACGGUUGUUAAUCUUCCUGGAAUCAUUGCCAUUAAAAAGAAAUACAAGUGCUACUUGUAUAUUGAUGAAGCUCAUAGUAUUGGUGCCCUGGGAUCUAGAGGAAAAGGUGUGACAGACUAUUUUGGAUGUAAUCCUCGUGAUGUUGAUCUGCUUAUGGGAACAUUUACUAAAAGCUUUGGUGCAUCAGGAGGUUACAUUGCUGGGUCUAAGAGCUUGAUCAAUCAUCUUCGAACUCACUCAUACAGCUUCAGCUAUGCCACUAGUAUGUCUGCACCUGUUGCACAACAAAUAAUUACGACCUUAAAAAUUCUCAUGGGAAAAGAUGGCUCCACAGAAGGUAUUCGCAGAGUAAGGCAGCUUGAAAGGAAUACUCGUUACUUCCGUAGGAAAUUGAAGCAAAAAGGUUUUAUUAUUUAUGGUAAUGAAGAUUCUCCAGUAGUGCCUCUAAUGCUCUACUUUCCAUCUAAAGUAACUGAAUUUAUACAAGGUCUACUGAUGCAAGGUAUAGCUACAGUGGGUGUUUGUUAUCCGGCCACCACAGUAGUGACUUCUCGGGCUCGUUUCUGUAUUUCUGCUUCACACACUAAGGAAAUGUUAGACAAAGCAAUUUCAGUGAUUGACUCUGUUGGGAAACGGAUCAUGGCAAAUUAUUCUAAAAUUGAGCGAUCUCAAACAGAAAUAAUUUACUAGUCAUCUUGCAAAUUUCUUUUCGACGAAGUGCCUUAGAGUUGUGAAAUCCCAUCCAGAUUAUGGAUUUGCGAUUCCCCUUUGAACACGAGCAGAACUUUUGCCAGUGGUUAUGAACUGUGGGGUGGUGUCGGUGAAAGGCACUUUGAGCUAUUUUGAAGAACAGUGAUCAAAUUAGUUUUUGCAUUUUAUACUAUUUCUUACCGUGCAAACUAUGCUCUAGAAAGAAGAAAAGAAAUCCCUGGACUCCUAAAACCAGAUUAUCCAAUGAAGUAUGCCGAGGCUGCUAGAAAAGUUGUUUUAUAAUGGACUUCUCACUCUGAAGAUCACUUUCUCAUUUAUUUAUUGCUGCUGUGUACAUGCAUUUAGUAAAUGGCUAGUCAUUGUAAAGCCUGCUUCUAAACUUGAAGCAUUCCGCCAAGCGAUAACCUUGGCUUGAGAAUCCAAGGCUGAUUAGUAUUUACAUAGCUUUAUGUCAGGCCUGCAGUUAAGCUGUUAAAUUUAAUUGUACACAUCUCUCUCAACUUGCAUUGAAAUAAAGAAUUUUACAUCAUUAUAUACAUACAGUCAAAUAUGUCUAUAUAUCGAACUUGAGAUUUAUUGAAAUAUAAAUACAUAUUAUAUAGAAAUUUUGAUACUUAAAAAUUUAAAUAUACAGAAAUGCAUAUUGUAAAUUUUUUCAUUUUCUUAUUAAAAAUAAUUAUAUGUACUUAAUUUUUAGACUUAGAAAAGAUUUUAAAGAAUUAAAUUAUCGACUAAAUUAUGAAUGUAAAAUGUACAAAUUUUUCAAUGUUUCAUAUCAUAAUUAUCAAAAUUUUGUAUUUUCCUGUUGCACCUUUGUUUACAUCUCACUUUUUUGUGUCUUCUAUUAGGCUGGCCUUUUUUUCACAUUUAAAUUCCUGCUUGGGAGCCAUAUUCAUUACAGCAAAUGUAAAGUUUAAUUGAAUAGGAGCUAAAAAAUUUGGAACUCUUCAGCAAAUGUUUGCUUUUUCAUAAACUUGUUUCAAAAAUUUCUAUUUCAAUAAGAAUUAUGAAACAAUUUUUUUUAUUAUUUCUUUUAAAAUAAAUGGAUGCUUUUUUUACUGCUAUAACCAUAGCCUUUUAUGCAUUUUUUUUUUUUUUUCAAUAUGCAGAAACAAUAAUUGUUUUUCAUUUGUAAAUCCAAGGCUUUUGUUAUGAGUUCGAUAUAUAGAUAUUUUUGAUAUAUAGGGAUUACGCUGUGUUUUUCAAGAAUUGGCUUAAUGAUUUCCAUUGCCUCGCUUGGAAUUAGAAUUUUACAGCAACGAGAUUGUUCCGCAAAAUGAAAUUUUGUUUCUCGAUGCAGCUGUAUGGAUCACAGAAUUUCACUUGUUUAAAUUUGACACUGUAUGUUGAGAUGUUAGGCUUCCAUAUUUUGUCUAGAAUUUUUAAAAAGAUUUUUAUGUUUUUGUAUUAAAAUUAGUAAAUGGUAUUUUUGUCUACCUUUUAAAAUGUGCAUAUUGAAAAUAUUUUUGAAAUCUUAAAGCAGCUUAUUUAUAUUUCUCAAUCUUUAAAAUUUUAAUUGAUAUUGCAAAUUAUUAUCAGAAAAUCGAAAGAAUAUUGUGCCAUUUUUUUGUUUUAUUUAUUGUUAUUUGUUGAUUUAAAAGUGACAUUUCUAAUUAUUGUUAUUGGGGUUUAUUUAAUUUAAUAAAAUACUGUUUAGGUUUUGUAUAUAAGUCAACAUUGAAUUCCUUUUAUAAUUUGCCAGUUGGCAAAGAAUGUGUUUUUCUUUUUGUGUGAAUGUUUUCAUAAUCAAUGGAUUUUUAAUUUAAAUACUUCCUAAGGCAACUAAUCAUGCUUAUAAUUUUCAGUUUAUUUAAUUUUAAUAAAAAUACUCGGCCCUUUUUUCAUGAUAUGAAUUAAAUUUAUUUGCUGUUUUUUAUAAUAUAUAUUGCUGGUCUUCCUUUUUAAUUAAAAUUUUUUUCUAAUUAUCCUUGUUGUAUUCUAUUUGUAAUGUGUGCUUCCAAAAUUCAACAUUUAUAUUCUGAUUUGUUUGUACUAUUUGUUGAAAUUUAAUGUUCUUUUCAUCAUUGAAAAAUGAACUGUGUACUUUAGAAUAAUUUAUUAACCAGGCUUCCAUUUUUCUUGUAAUUUUUUUUCCCCAGAAAGUUGUAAACUAACAAUUAUUACAUCAUAUUUAUAAUUGUCACUUCUAAAACCAUUUUCAUUCUGGGUAUUUGAGAUGUUGCUGUAAUGGCUUUUAUGGUUUUUAUUAGGAAUGUAAAUAAUGAUGUUUGUAUGUAUAUUUCCUUGUUUCUUUUUAAUCUUUUGCUACUAUUAGCAUCUUUAAUCUUUAUCAUUCUAAAGUUUUAAGUUUUUUCAGACUAAUCUAUUAAUGUUUCAUUCUCUGUCAGAUUUUUAAAAAGGUUGAAGACUUGCUUGUUGAAUUUGCUGCUAAUGAAAUUCGCAUUCAACUUUUACUGUAUAAUUAUUCUUGGUUAAUGCUAUGCAAGUUGAAUAUCUAUAAAAUCUUGAUAUUUAGGCUCAUUAUUUUCAAUAUUCUCAUUAAUGUAAUGAUAUAGCAUAAAUUUUAAGCCCAAUUAGAUAUAGAUGAUUGUAUGUACAUAAAAUAAAGCAGCAUCUUUCAAUCAUCGUUUGAGUUUUACCAUCUGUUAUUUGCUUUUUGCUAAUGAAUUUAAAUUUAAUUUACCUAUUGUAGGUCACAUUUAUUGUGAUUCUACUUAUUUUCUAUGCUUUAUUUUGCUUAAUAUUUCUCCCCCUGAACCUCCUCAGGAUGACCUUUCAUCAAAUACUUGGCUUAAAAUCUUCCCCUUAAAUAUGCAGCUUUUGCCAUGGUCUUUUACCUGUAUUUAAAAGCAUGUACAUAGUCAUUUACCUGUAACAAGUGAUGCUAACUUUUAUAAAAAAAAAAAUGCUGUACCAGUCCUUCAACGUCUGUAUGCAAUGUUGUACUGUUUUAUCUUCAAAAUAAUGGUCAGUAAUCAAUGAAUAAAUUUUUUUACUCUCUCAA